GACGAGGGGAGAGGGACAUACAGGGUAAGGAAUGGAGAGAGAGAGAAGGAAAAAGACCAGCUGAGGCUCUGGCGGACCGCUGGCACACAUGGCCGCUUCCCACUUACCCCCAACAACACUAAUGUUAAAACAGUUCAUCAGAAGGCAACAAGUUCUUCUCUACAGAAGGAUUUUCCAAACAAUUCAGCAAGUUCCAAAUGAUUCUGAUCGCAAAUACCUAAAGGAUUGGGCAAGGGAAGAAUUCAAAAGAAACAAAAGUGCCACUAGGCAUGCCACCAAACAGGAUACAAUUCGGAUGAUGAUUACUCAAGGCAAUAUGCAGCUCAAAGAGUUAGAAAAAACACUUGCUUUAGCAAAAUCUUAACUAUAGCAUUAUUCUGGAGGAUUUUCAAAGUCUCCAUGUGUUUUGUUGCAUUUAGGAUUAACAAUGGACAACACAAAGCCCAGUCUUACUAUUUGUAUGUACAGUAUUUGGUGAUAGAGAGCAAAGGAAAACACAUCAAAACAGUUGCCUUAACACUGAAAAAUAUACCCUGCAUUUUGAAAAUGUUUAUGGAUGGCUCAGCAGUUUUUAAAAGAAGCAAAAACCACUAACAAAUGGCCAGUUUGCACAUGAAAAGAUGCUGGAC